CCAUGCCGCACAGCGGGACGGACGCCUCGCUGACGGGGCUGUUCAAGCGGCGCCCGGGCAAGCCGCCGCUCAAAAACGCGGUCUCCAUGGCGUCCGCGCUGAAUCCGGCGCCUGACACAACGCCGACACUCGUGCACCACCGGUCUGAAGGCAAUAUUUCGUCGACGAAGGUGAUGGGUUCCGACUCGCCCCUUGCACCAGCGUUACCAGCCACGUCCUCCUUGUCGCCACCUCCCCGUCCCCAGGUGGAGUCGACACUGGCCAAAGCAGCGUCACUCAAGACCUGUACCGACUGCAUGCCUCAAGCCGUAAAGUUCGGCGACAUCAUUUGCCUCUGGUCUGCGAUAUCGGACCAUGCGAUUCCCGGCACCAACAAUUCUCCGUCGUCCCAAACGAAUCCGACCCACCCCGCGUCGGCUUCGUCCAUGCUCGAACUCGGCAUGAUCGGCCUCUUUGACAUGGACGCGGUGCGGCCGAACAACUUGAAGCUGCACAAAUGCGACUCCCUCGUGUGCGUCGCCCUUCCGUCCGAGCGGCACUUCACACCGUCGUACUUUCGCGUCCUGCCCGAGUGCUACUACGCACACUUGAAGCUCGGCAGCCCCGUGAGCUACGGCGAUGUCGUGGUCCUCAUGGACGUCGACGGCAAGGUCUGGAACAACAAGAUCGGGUUUGAAUUCAACGGCCAUUUUGCCCCGACGGACAAAUUGAAUCGCCCUGGAGAAAUGACGAUUGCAUUCGUUCGGCCGACGGCCGCCCCCCACAUGACAACCGAUUCAGAAGCGAGCUCGUCCUCGAGCGCCACGUUGGGCUCGCCCAACGUGCUGGACAGCCACCACGAGUCGAUGGCGGGAUUGUACUACGGCGAGCCCAAAUCCGACGCUGCAUCCGGCGUCGCUUCGUCCGGUCGCGUCCUGUGCUACGAUGACGACAACGUGUUGAUUCAAGUAGUCGAUUCGAACCGACUCCGCCUGGGAUUCAAUCAAAUCCUCACGCGGUUUCGAAAAAAGAGCACUCCUGUUGUCCACGGAUCGUACCUUCGAUGCGACGGACGCGGCACAACGUUGCGCGUGACGAUCAAGCUCCCGCCAGCGCCAGUCGUCCACUCCAUGUGGAUCCUUCCGGCCACGUCAACGAUUCACGACACUCGAACGUCGGUCGACGUCCCAGACCACAACGACGUGACCGGCAUGGCGGUGACAAUCACGACGGCAUUGCAAAAUCAGCUCCACAUGGAGCUCGGUGACUCGUUUGGGUCUGUCGAUAUCCCCGUGGCAACAUUGUACGCCAAGGCCGGCGACGAAACGUGGACAGUCGACGUCGUCCAGCCCACUGCGCCAACGAAAACGACACGUCAUCGUUGGCCCGCGCGGCGACCGAUCCAACUUAUCCUUCAUGCAACCGCAACCAAUUCCCCUCUCGUCCCGACAGGAGGCUGCAAAACCCGCGCCGUGCUCUUUAGCACACUGGCGACGCAUGGAUUCGUGUUGGGGCUGGCUGUGCUGUAUGUCGUAGCGGUCGCUACCGGCGACAUCACGGCAUCGACGCCAUACGGGAAAAUGAUUCUUUGGGCAAAGCCUCUGCUGCCUCUUGCGUGGGUCGCGAGUUCGUGGUGGAUGCGACGGCAGCAUCAGACCCACGCAGGAACACGUGUCGUCGUCGAAGCCGACCAAAUCGUGACGAUUCAGCUCACGAUCGUGUCGUGGUCCGUUGUGGCCGACUUGGGUUCGUCCAUCUCGACGGACGGAAAUGAAGACGUCGGGAUGGCCAUCGAGAACCCGCGAGUCGAUGACGACGCCGCCAGCGUCCCGCGUAGCUUUGUUGUCGCUGAAUUCGGAAACGUGGCCAAGGCCCAAGCCCGGUACAACGACACGUUGGUGUGGCGCAAGGAAAACCGCGUGGACGAUGUGCUGACGACGCCGCAAGUGCACUACCACACGAUUCGCCAAUUCUACAAGCAAUGCGUCCACAAACACGACAAGGAAGGACAUCCGGUCUACAUUGAAAAGCUGGGCGGGAUCGACCUCAAGGGCAUGCUCGCCAACGGCAUCACGCUCGCCGACCUGUUUGGCCACUAUUUAUUCAACAUCGAGUACAUUUUCAACCACGUCGCGACGACCAAGUGUCCGUGCGCGUCGUGCAAGGACAGCCACACGCAAAAGUUGUGCAUUGUCUUGGACGCCCGCGGCAUCGGCAUGCGAGACUUGGCGGGCGACGUGCUCGAGUUUGUCCGGGGAUGCACCAGCGUCAUGCAGAAACAUUACCCCCAGCGGUCUCUCAAGAUCUUCGUCGUGAACGUUCCGUCGUGGUUUGGCAUGAUCUGGAAACUGGUCAAGCCAUUGUUGAACGAAACGACGCGAGCCAAGACGUCGAUCCUGAGCGAAGCCGACGCCCCCGCGGCCUUGCUACAGACCAUCGACGCGGCGAACCUCCCACAGGAGUACGGCGGAAUGUGCCAAUGCGACGGCGGCGGAUGCUUUGUCGGGUCAGCUGUCCAAGUCGCCCAGCAGCAACAUGUUGACAAGUAUCUUGCUGGCCACCCAAGCGCCGAAAACGAGAACCGCCCUGGUUCGAGCAAUAGCACGAAGAGUCCUCUUGGAUUGGUCGCAGCAGCGGCGGUCCAUGAACCCAUGGGGCUGGUAAAGAAGAAGAGCUCGGGCGACGUGUAUGCGCUAGACACGGGCGACAGUGACAAUGACGAGUCCAACGACGACGACGUUGCCGAUACGUCUCCGUUGACGGCGUCGAACGAUGGAUGGCAGGACGGCGGCCAUCGCCACAAAGCGCGGCACCGCCGACGUGACAACGCGACUGUCUUGCACAGUGGCCCGUUGCUCAUGCGACUGAUUCGACAAAAACACUUUGUCAAUCCGAUUUGGCUCCGGCGAUUCAUCACGCUUUCUCCGCACCACAUCCUCGUGCAAAAGUCGCCCAAGGACUCCCCCGUGAAGUACUUGCUGACGCCGGGCUCGUACGUCCGGCGGGUUGUCCCGGACAAACCGAAUUGCUUUGAAGUCGUCAUGGACAGCCAUUCGUUGCUCUUUUACGCCGACACGGCGGAAAUUCGCGCGGCAUGGCUCGAAGCGUUGGCGCGAGUCGCGGACGUGUCUCCGUCGAGUCAAGAUGGUCGGUCUUCAUGCCCUGCGCCCAGCGGCAACGCCUCCAGUCAAACGAAUGGCACCGACAGCGCGACUGUCUCGCUGGUGUCGGCUGCAUAACAUGAACACGAUGAGCAUGGUGGACA